UGCCCCAUCAUUGGUGUCAGUGGGGGGAGUAGUAGUGCCCCAUCAUUGGUGUCAGUGGGAGGAAUAGUGCCCCAUCAUUGGUGUCAGUGUGGGAGGAAUAGUGCCCCAUCAUUGGUGUCAGUGGGAGGAAUAGUGUCCCAUUUUUGGUGUCAGUUGAAGGAAUAGUGCCUCAUCAUUUGGUGUCAGUGGGAGGAAUAGUGUCCCAUUUUUGGUGUCAGUGGAAGGAAUAG